AUGCCAGAAGCCAUGGACCGGCUCACCAUCCUCUGCCACUUCCUGAUUUUAUGUUUUAAUCCAUCAGGAGCCACCAGCCACAUUACAGCGCAUGCAUCUGAAGCUAGAGGUCAGCGCGUGUGCAAGGUGGUCAACGGCAAGCCGUGUUACAAGCUGGCCUACUUCUCCGAGCUUCGGCGGAGGUUGAAUUUCGGGGAGGCCGACCUGUCCUGCCGUCGGGAUGGCGGGCAGCUGCUGAGCGUGGAGUCGCCGUCCGAGCAGAAGAUCGUCGAGCAGCUCAUCACGGAUCUGAGGCCGACCGACGGAGACUUCUGGAUUGGGCUGCGGCGUAACCAUGGAGAUGAGGACAGCAGCAGCAGCAGCGACUGCUCAUCGCAGUACCGCUGGUUGGAUGGCACAAAAUCUACAUUUAGGAACUGGCACUGGGAUGAACCUUCAUGUGGCUAUGAGGUGUGCGUAGUGAUGUAUCACCAGCCGUCCGCUCCGCCCGGGCUGGGGGGUCUUUACAUGUUCCAGUGGAAUGACGACAACUGUGAAACCAAGCACAAUUUCAUCUGCAAAUACACAGAAGACAAGUCAGUUGAAAACUCACCUCCGAACGCCACUCAUGCAGCCAUAUUCCCUCCAUCUGUGCCUUGGAAUCCAAGUGACCACAACGCAAAGAGGAGCACAGCCCUGAAUGUGAUUUACAUCAUCAUUCCCACAAUUCCGCUCAUUCUGCUGCUGCUGACGGUGAUAGGUGUCUGCUGCUUCAAAAUGCUCGUUUCACGACGGACGAAAGACCAGAAGUCUGAAGUACUCGGGACAGAGCCCAACAUCCGGCCCAGCCCGACCCCAACUGACGUCUACAAUGUGAUUCGCUCCCAGAAGGACGAUGACUUGGUGUCUGGGCGCCCCCACACCAAAAACACAUCCUUUCUGUGCUCGUCCCCUGAGACACCUACGGGGGAUUAUGACAACCUAGGUGGUCACGACACAGAAAGUGGCUUCGUGACUCUUGCUAGCACCGAGAGCUGCUUCCUCAACUUUGACCUCAACGACCUCAGCUUGGGCCGCCGUGGUACGCGUGACCUCUACAACAGCAGCUUAGGCCGCCCGGCGAAGAGGGACGUCUCCGACGGGAGGCUGGCACUACCUGGGCAGUUUUCCGACCGCAGUCUCGCCCGCCGCACCACUAAGAGCGAGCAUUUCGGCAGCGGCGCCUACGGAGACCACGAGUUGUUUGAUGACAUCAUGGCAGCUAAGAGGGAACUCUACGAGCCCAAAGUGACGCCUGGGGCUCAUGCGGUCAAGGCUGAUUUAUAUCAGACCUACAGCAACAAUGGCAAGGGGGACUCUUACCAAAGCAUCCUGGGAACGUACGGAAGCCGCAAACCCGACCAGGCCACACUGGAUAGCCACAGAAGUGGUCUGAAUCUCGAUGGGGGGAGAAAAUAUUUUUAUGAACAACGCUGGCUGGACAGUGAGAAAUACUGA